GUUGUUAGUGCGCAUGUGCCGCGCGGUGGCUGCUGGGAAGCGCUGGAAACAGGAAGAAAACAUUGACGGAUUGGUUUUCUUUCUGGCCAGUGGUCUUGGGGUCGGCUGCGACAGGACUGGAGGAGGCCAGAUCACCAUGUCGGCUGCAGCUGUGGAUGCAGUUAAUGCUGCCCCCCUAUCGGGGUCCAAAGAAAUGAGUCUGGAGGAACCAAAGAAGAUGACCAGGGAGGACUGGAGAAAGAAGAAGGAGCUAGAAGAACAGCGAAAACUGGGUAAUGCUCCUGCAGAAGUUGAUGAAGAAGGAAAAGACAUCAACCCUCAUAUUCCUCAGUAUAUUUCUUCAGUGCCAUGGUAUAUUGAUCCUUCAAAAAGACCUACUUUAAAGCACCAGAGACCACAACCAGAAAAACAAAGGCAGUACAGCUCAUCUGGAGAAUGGUACAAGAGGGGUGUAAAAGAGAAUUCCAUAACUACUAAGUACCGCAAAGGAGCAUGUGAAAAUUGUGGGGCCAUGACACACAAAAAGAAAGACUGCUUUGAGAGACCUAGGCGAGUUGGAGCAAAAUUUACAGGAACUAAUAUUGCUCCAGAUGAACAUGUCCAGCCUCAGCUGAUGUUUGACUAUGAUGGAAAGAGGGAUAGGUGGAAUGGCUACAAUCCAGAAGAACACAUGAAAAUUGUAGAAGAAUAUGCCAAAGUUGAUCUGGCAAAGCGAACAUUGAAAGCGCAGAAACUCCAAGAAGAAUUAGCCUCGGGAAAAUUAGUGGAACAGGCUAAUUCUCCAAAACACCAGUGGGGAGAAGAGGAACCAAACUCUCAGAUGGAAAAAGACCAUAAUAGUGAAGAUGAAGAUGAAGAUAAAUAUGCAGAUGACAUUGACAUGCCUGGACAAAACUUCGACUCUAAGAGACGGAUUACCGUUCGGAAUCUGAGGAUUCGAGAAGAUAUUGCAAAAUAUUUGCGGAAUUUAGAUCCAAAUUCUGCUUACUAUGAUCCCAAAACUAGAGCGAUGAGAGAGAAUCCCUAUGCCAAUGCAGGAAAGAAUCCAGAUGAAGUGAGCUAUGCUGGAGAUAACUUUGUUAGAUACACAGGUGAUACCAUUUCAAUGGCUCAGACACAGUUGUUUGCCUGGGAAGCCUAUGACAAGGGAUCUGAAGUGCAUCUGCAGGCCGAUCCUACAAAACUAGAGCUGUUGUAUAAGUCCUUCAAAGUCAAAAAAGAAGACUUCAAAGAACAGCAGAAAGAAAGCAUCCUGGAAAAGUAUGGUGGCCAGGAACAUUUGGAUGCCCCUCCAGCUGAAUUGCUUUUAGCUCAGACGGAGGACUAUGUGGAGUAUUCAAGACAUGGGACAGUCAUUAAAGGACAAGAGCGGGCUGUUGCCUGCUCUAAGUAUGAGGAGGACGUGAAGAUCCACAAUCACACGCAUAUCUGGGGAUCUUACUGGAAAGAAGGCCGGUGGGGAUACAAAUGCUGUCACUCUUUUUUCAAGUAUUCCUAUUGUACUGGAGAAGCUGGGAAGGAGAUUGCCAAUUCAGAGGACUGUAUUGUAAAUGAUAUAACUGGAGAAGAGUCAGUGAAAAAACCUCAAACCCUCAUGGAGAUGCAUCAGGAUAAACUAAAAGAAGAGAAAAAGAAGAAAAAGAAGAAGAAGAAGCAGCAGCAUCGAAAGAGCAGUUCAGAUAGUGAUGAUGAAGAAAAGAAACAUGAGAAACUGAAAAAGGCACUGAAUGCGGAGGAGGCCCGCCUUCUUCAUGUCAAGGAGCUCAUGCAGCUUGAUGAGAGGAAGCGGCCUUACAAUAGCAUAUUUGAAACUCGGGAACCCACCGAGGAGGAAAUGGAGGCCUAUAGAAUGAAACGUCAGAGGCCAGAUGACCCCAUGGCCUCUUUCCUUGGACAGUAGUAACUAGUCAUAGAUGGUCACCCACGAUAAACACAGCUGAUGAUUGUAGAUGAGAAAAUCGGUGUCUGCUCAUCUCGCUGCCUAAUAAAGCUUCUAGAAGUCUCAUAGUAAAUUAAUUCAUUUCCACACUGAAGAAACAGGAGAAAAAGAGAAGGUACAUUAAGUGCAGAUUAAGAUUUUAUUUCUAAUUUUAUAUUAAUGAUACGGAAAUAGGCCCUGGCUUGCUCGGGCAUGUGCGUGCUCUCUAUUUCUCUCUCUCCUGUCUUCCACUCAGUAAUUAAGUCUCAAACUUUAUUUCUUCAGUUUUUAUGGCCCUUUAUCUAGUGUUAGCACACAUGUUAAAGGUAGAUUAGUUACUCUUUCUCAAAACCAGGGCCUCAUUUUUUUCUAAUUAGUAGUAACUAAUUGUAGUUAUUUUAUAGUCAUUUGGUUUUUUUGUCUUUUAAAGUCUUUCUGGUCUACAGUUAAAAAUCUGAAAGGAAAUUUGUAUAACAUGUGAAUAACUUUAUCCUGUGUGGUAAUAAUUCUGUUUUUUACUUAUUUAUAAAAUUAUUUUGAAAAUAUUUCCUCAUAUCUCACACCCAAAACUAAAUUAUUAGCCUCUGAAUGGAAAAAUAACUAUUAUGUCAUUCUUAAAUCAGUGCUGACCAAUUAGUAUUAGGUCUUUUACCAUUCUGGGCGUGAACCUUUAGACACAGAAAUCCUUUCCUUUAAAAUAGAGGUUAUGGUUUGUGAUACGGAUUUUUUUGUUUUAAUUGUGAUUGCCUUUAUAUUAUAAUCAUGAAUAUUAAAUUUGAUUUUAAAAACUUAUAGAGUAUUCCUUAGACCUAAUCUUUGUAGCCAGCGGGUGCCACAUUGUAUAAUUUGGGAAAAGCAAAUUAUAAAAAAUUCUUUGAAGGUUUCUUCAAAGAAUUAUAAGGAUAGCUUACAGGGCAACUAGUAACCAAAUUUGCCAUGAUCCUCAAGCCUAUUCUGAGAACAUUGUGAAAAUAAUACCAACAGUGAAAGCAAGAUCUGUGAAAACGAGUUAAAACCUCUGACAUGAGUGCAUUGACUUAACAGCUCAAUGGAUUUUUCUGAGCUACCAAAAACUAGUAGGAUAUUACAUUAAGGUAGCAUCUCAGAAAUAGUUCUAGUGGGAGAGUAACUAAUAGUGAAGUACUAUGGGUGCACGUGGUAUCUAGAUUCAGACUGGUAUGAAAUUGAAACAGCACUGCAAAUACAGCUAAUGCUUACCACUUUAAGAAUGUCAAAAGUUAUUCAUAUUUGCACCUUAACACUGCAUUGGGUGGUUCAACACAACAUCUGAGAUUGGUGUUUAUUUUGUAUUUUUUGUUAAUAAAAAUAUGUAAUCGAGAAUACUUAACUAUGAAUGGUCCGUAGCAUUAUUUCAAGUAUUUGGCAGAAAAGUGGUUGUUGAUAGGGCUGGCAGGGAGCCUGAAUUAUCUUCUAUGAGUUUGAAUCAGUAAUUUUGGGGGUCUUUUAACUCAAAAAAUGUCACAUAUCCUUUCUGGGUGUCUGUUCCCUCUUCUGUGAAACCUAAUUUAUUCCGGUUUUAGAAAAAUUCUAUAAUACCUGAAAUCAUGUCUUAUUUCUGUUUCAAUUCAGAAGAAAGGUAGUAUCCAGAACAUUACUCAAGGUAUGUGCUUUGAUUUUAUUAUAUCAAUAAUAGCUGCCUUUUGAGUGCUAGAACGAUGUACUGUAAUUUUCAUAUGUUAUCGCCUCAAAAGAACUGCAUGGGGUGAGUAAUAGAUGAUAUCCCUAUUUUAUAAAAAGCUUGUGAGCAUAAUGAGUCCAAGUAGUUUGCUCAAGGCCUAACAGUUGAAAGUGUUGGGGCCAAGACAUAAAGCCAAGUAUUUCUGACUCUAAAGCCUACUCCUUUCUCUAGUAUUUAAGGCCCUAGUUCCUGGCUCAGAAAGGCUGGUCUUUUACAGUUUCUUCCAUUGACAGAAACCUUAAACAGGCCCUCGAUCUUUACCAAGUUCACCCUUAGCACCUGUAAAUGAUGUGACUGUCCCACAUUCCUGAACACUUCCUCAUCCCCCAGCCUUGUGGGUUACUUGUGACAAGAUUGACUAUACAAAAAUUAAUAAAAUGUCAUUUCCUUAAGAGCCUCAAUAUUCUGGAAGAAAAUACCCCCCACAGAGGAAAGAACUUGGGUCUGUUUCUUUCAACAGUGUUUUCUGGUUUCUACUUUGGGGGUUAUUUCUAAAAUCUCUGUAAUCUGGAUUUAUUAUUUGAAGAUUCUGUUAAAAACUUUUUUUUAAUAAAAAUCUUUUGUCUAAAGUG